AUCCCAACUCGGUUUUUUGCAAUUAACUAGAGAACUUCCUUCGUCUCCCCCAACAAUGGCCGACGAUCAUCACCGCCAAAAUCCACCUAACAAACCUAGGGUCUCUGGUGAAAUCGGGGAUAGUAGCAGUCGUUAUAAACCAAAUUUCCCCAACCCGCCUGAAAUUACGAACCCUGAUGCAGCAACCCUGAGGGACCAAUGGAAGUACGCCAUCAGACAGUACAGCAAAUGGUAUUCACACGCUUGGGGAACCGCCAUACUUGCCGGACUUUCUUUCUUUGCCCUCGGUUGGGUAAUUAAGGGCGGUAAUCCUAUCCCUUCCUUCCAUCAAAGCGACGUCGCCCCUCGGGAUUCCCCUCCCCGCCCCUCCGAUCCUCCUGAUGUCAACCAAAGUCGCUGAGUUUUCAUCUCUUAAGUGAGUCUUAAUCCUUAAUUUGUGCUUAUCAUAGUUGACUGAAUGUUUGUUGCUUUUAUAUUUGGCUUUCAUCCUUAUGAUUGUAUUUGUAACUGUUCUAAUUCCAUAAUUUUAAGAAUCACUUAUGGGUCUUUGUGCGUUUUUACACAUUCGAUAUGUUUGUGAA